AUGCUCAUGCUCCCCACACGCCCACACGCCUCAGCGCAGCCUCAUCCGCUGCUGGCCCCUGUCCGUGGCUCUCGGCGCGUUGCAAUUCCCCCUACGGCAAGUCGAAAGCAGCUGCAUCGCCGGCUUGUGCGUUUCAGGCCGUCUGCCGCCGUAUCUUUCACCAUCGCUCGUGACCGCGCAUCGAGGCCUCAACAGCCGGCCACCUCCGAACCGGCAUGGCAGGACGACGCAGGACGACGCAGAAACGACGUGCAUGCUCGUAUUCCGGUGCAUGGACCGAGUGAACAUCACCACGGAACGGCUCGAAGGCCCUCUAUCUCUACCUGCCUUCCCAUUUCCGUCUAG